AUGGCACUAGCUUUAGUACCUGAACAAUAUGUUUCAGCAUUAUUUUCUGGUCUUGGUCAAGAAUUAAAUGAUUAUGAACGAAAUGAAUUAAAUGAUUUAUUUAAGUAUUUUAAUGAUUACGGGAUGUAUCAAAUAUCACUAUGGAAUGUUUUCGAUGUUCCUGAAAAAACAAAUAAUUUUAGCGAAGGCUACAACCAUAGGUUCAAAAGACGUUUAAAUAAAGCUCAUCCUAAUUUACGGCUUUUCAUUGAUUCGAUUCGAAAAGAAGUGAGCACCGUCCGUGAUUUAAUUACUCAAAUAAAUUGUAGAAUGCAACCUCGUACAAAGCGAUACGAAUCCCGAGUAGCUGAACAACGAACGAGAGUAUUAUACGAUCGAUCUAACAGUAAUCAAAUUACUGCUCAAGAUUUAUUACGUGGACUUUCUUAUUCUUUUUCAAAUGAAAAAUAA